GCAUUUUGAGAGCAGCCUGAGCUCAUACACAGGUGAGGACCCGCUGGAGCCGUGGGACAGGUUCGUGGAUUACCUGGAGCAGUCUCUACCUGCAGACGCUCGCAGUGGGAUGUCCCUGGUGUUCGACAGACUCGUGAAGAUAUUUCUGAAUGUCGAGCGAUACGCCAAUGACCUCAGAUAUGUGAACCACUGCAUCAAAUGUGCGAGUUAUUACCCCGACCCCACGGCGCUGUACAGUUAUGUCUUCAGUAAGGGCAUCGGCACCAGGACGGCCGCGCUCUAUGUGGCCUGGGCACAGACGUUUGAGCAGAGGGGAAUGAAUGAACAGGCUGAUGCUGUUUACCAGAAAGCAAUGGAGAACCAAGCCCAGCCGGCCGACACUGUUCUCAGUGAAUACAGGCAGUUUCAAACAAGAACCAGAGUCCAGGCCCCAGUAUCAGCAGGAGUUCUGAACCCUUUGCAAAACUCCAAUUUAACCAAUCAGAUGCCAACACACAGUGAGCCUGUGGCUCCAAACAAGGCCUCUGUGGACUGUCUGCAGAAACCAGCAGCUCGUAGAACCGUCGUAACAGUCUCUCGCUCAGAGACGUCGGGGAUGCUCUCCUCCAGUCAAGGCCCCAGCGUUCCCACCGUGUCCGCCUACAAUAAGGACGAGCUGGUUUGUGAGGGGUCUGAAUUCUGCUUCGAGGAGGUCCGAGCGGCCAAAUACUUCCAUAAGCUCCUGGAGGAGCAGGAGGAAGAGCAGGAGGAAGAGCAGGAGGAGGAGCAGGAGAAGGAUCAGGAGAAGGAGCAGAGAGAAAUCAAGGAGAAGAUGCUGAAGGAGCAGGAGGAGGACAUCCUGAGGUUUAAACUUAUGCUGGAGUCUCUAAACCAGGAUCUGGAGGCCUGUGGAGGUCUAAGCAGCCAGCCUUCAUCACAGAGGCUGCCUGUAGCAGAAACAGCCACCAGCCUGAACCCCAAUCCUACCCAGCAGUCCUUUGGGUGCCCUCGACCCUCCAACCGUCUGAGCAACAGACGCUCUCUCGGCUUGAGGUUGCACACCGAGCCGACCUUCAUCCACGAGGCCGCUGCCGCCCCCGAACCUCCUCAGUGGCAGAGUGACACCCAGAGCUCAGAGGGAACCCCUCGUCCCUCGGCCCUGGCUGACAGGAGCGUCCACUUACCAGCACCUGCACCCACAUCCAUGUCUGUCGCCCAGACCCUGACGGACCAGCCUCGGUCGGUUCAGCCUCAGUUGGUUCAGCAGGCUGUGAGCUUCGAGCAGAUGAACGUGUCGCUCCACAGACCCGCCUGCGUCCCCGCUGCUGACGCUGAUGUUCUCUGUUGGGACGAUCGAGUUCAACCCAGCAGCUCGGGGAACUGUCGACCCUCGGAGCACAACGCCUCCACACAUCAGAAUGUCUUCUACCCGCCAGAGCCCGAGGAGAAGCUCAACAUGUCACAGGGCGGCACAGGUAACCUGUCUCACAUCACUCCUAACACCUCACUGGGCUACGUUCAGGCCACACCAUCCAGGGUGCUGCCGUCACCCACUGUCAACACACGAGAGGCGCUGGAUGUGAUAAUGGACAUGUUCCAGGCCCCGACCCUCCUCGAGGACCCGUUCAACAACACGUCAGUGCUCCACGCUGCAGAGAGGGAGGUCGACGCCGGCUGCCCGAGAAACGGCGGCGCCUCCUCUUUCACCCAGCCCCCGCCCACAGCGGCGUUCACUGUCUUCCAGGAUGACACCGACAAAGAAAACGGGAGUGUUGCUGCUCCUGCGGUCGAGAAGUCCAAACCGAUCAGAGCUCUGGCUGAGAUCCCAGUGUCCAACAAACCCAACGACACUCCUCAGGAUCUGAUGCCUGACGAGAGCACCAUGUGGGGAGCUCGCUACAACAGCCUCAACUCGCUGGCUGCUUGUCCCAACAGUACCACAGACUUCGCCAUGUUGGCUCAGUUCGUCUCCACUCCGUUCACACACAAAACCCCCUCCAACAGCAACUUCUUCCAGGACCAAGAGAACAACUGUGACACUGGUGAUGAAGCUUUUAUCAGACGACAGCCGAAAAAGCUCAGCCCCAUCAUGGAGCAGAGUCCGUCCAACGACAAGCUCUCUGAGACGGCCGUCAGUCAGCUGGUCCCCUCCUCUGAGAGACACGGCACCAUCGUCAGCGAGGGGCUCGGCCCAGCCCAGCUCGGCCUCACCUCCUCCUCCAUCACCAUGGUGCAGCCCCCUCCUCCAGGUGUGCUCUCCUUCAGAGACCAGACCAUCUGUCCCGCCGACUCCUCCGUCUCCAGGACCGCAGGGCCCGGCUGGGAAGUGUACGCGAGCCCCGAGCAGGUCUCUCUGAUCUCGCAGCAGCCCCAGAGUUCAGUCAGACCCAGAAACGAACCUUUUUCGAUCAUGGAGGAUUUGGACAAACCCACCAGCCCACAAAGAGACCAGAAAGUGUUUGACGUCCCCAUGAGCCCGGAGGGUGCUAUCAAACCCGAGUGGCUGGCCAUCAGAAGCCCCGAGCUCACAGUUGAGCCGGACCUGGACGCCUUCCUGAGUCCCCGUCGGGUCAAGAAAGCAGACUUGAACAAGAGCCGGGAUGUCCCCAUGAGUCCCGGACAGCUGCAGCUCUGUGCCGACGUGCCCAUGAGCCCGGCGCCGCAGUUCAGCGCCGCGGACGAACCCAUGAUGAGUCCGGACAGAGGGCCGAGGCUGAGCACCGACGUGUCCAUGAGCACGACGCCGGCCAGGACCGCCACGUCCCCGCUGGUGUCGGACCCCUGGGACGACGCACUGAUGUCUGACCUGCUGUCCAGACUCACCCCGCCUCUCACCUCUCACCCCCGCUGCACCACCUGGAGGUGCAACGUGCCCAACAUCGCCCCAAAGACCACCCUCAGCAUGGGAAACGCGUCCCUGCGAGUCGACUGUGUCCUGGGAGAAGGUGCGUUUGCUAAAGUCUACCAGGCGACCGACCCUGUGACCUCAGAGAGGAUGGUGUUAAAGGUUCAGAAGCCAGCCUAUCCCUGGGAGUUCUACAUCAACACUCAGCUGGACGCCCGGCUGCGGCCCGACGUCCGUCACCUGUACAGCUGCGUCCACUCGGCUCACCUCUUCCACAACGGAAGCGUGCUGCUCGCUGAGCUUCACAACUACGGCACGCUGCUGAACGCAGUGAACAUCUAUAAAACCCUGAGCGACAAGGUGAUGCCUCAGCCUCUCGUCAUGUACUUCACCGUCUGCAUGCUGAACAUGGUGGAGCAGCUGCACCGCAUCCACGUCGUCCACGCCGACAUCAAACCCGACAACUUCCUGCUGGGGGAGAGGUUCUUGGAGAACAGGUGUUUCGAUCCGGAGAACGUGGACCACGGCCUCGUCCUCAUCGACCUCGGACAGAGCAUCGACAUGGAGCUUUACCCAGAAGGCACUGCUUUCACCGGCAAGUGUCUGACGUCGGGCUUCCAGUGUACGGAGAUGAUCAGCGGGAAACCCUGGAACUAUCAGACGGAUUACUUCGGGAUAGCAGGGACCGUCUACUGCAUGCUGUUUGGGACGUACAUGCAAGUCACAAACGAAGACGGCGUGUGGAAGACGAACGGCGUAUUUAGAAGGAACCCCCACAGCGACCUGUGGCAGGAGUUCUUCCACACUCUGCUCAACGUGCCGGACUGCGUCUCCCUGCCGAGCCUCCAGAGCCUCCGCUGCAAACUGACCUCCGUCCUGCAGCAGAGCUACAGCAGCAAACUGCCCACGCUCAAGAACCGGCUGGUGGUUCUGCUGCUGGAGAACCGCAAGCAGGCCCGCAGCUACCACUGAGCACACUGAACUCCUCUUUCUCUUAUUCUUCUUUUUUUUUAUGAAACAUACGAUAAAGUGAGCGACCUGCGCACACUUACUACAACGUCACACUGUUUGAAUACAGGUUGCACUUUCAAAGCAAACACGACUGGCAUUGGAAACGUGGAUGAUACAAAUUAACCUAGAUAAUUUAAAGUUGUAACAUUUCCACAUUAAAAUGUGUAAAAACACGUACAGACUUCUGGAUUUUGUUGGUUUGUGUACGUUAACCC